AUGCAUACAAGGAGCAGCAAGAAAACUGAUCUGCGCAUACUAGGGAACAAGCAAUUAGCACAGCUCGAACGCGAGAACUGGAGACCAAAAGCACAGACCAAUUCUAUGGCUGACGGAGAGAACACAGGGGCUAACCCGCCCAACCCUCAGCUUGGCAUCAUCCGACAACAGCAGAGGCAGAACCAACAAGAGCAAGCUGAACUGUACCCACCUCUGAGGCAAGCCACCUUGAGGGAUGAAGAUGCUCAGAAUAGGCUGUUUGCGAAUCGAUCUGCGAUUCAACCUCCCGCUCCUGCAAGGCAAGACUAUGAGAUUAACCAUAGUCUAAUCAAUCUGGUUCAGAACCGCGUGUUCCACGGUUUGCCAUCGGAGAGUCCUCUUGAUCACAUUGAGGCUUUUGAGCAGCUGACCACACUUAGAUGGCUGAACUUGUUGGAUGCUGGAUCACUCACCACUUGGGCGCAAUGUAGAGCUGCUUUCUUGAAUCACUUCUACACCAAGUCACGCUCAGACAAGCUGCGAAGAAAGAUCACUACAUUCUCGCAAGGAGGCAUGGAGUCAUUUUGUGAAGCAUGGGAAAGGUUCAAGGAGUACCUUCGAGAUUGCCCUCACCACGGUUACACUCAAGAGAAUCUGAUGAACAUUUUCUAUGGGGGCAUCGAGCAGAAGUAUCAGAUGGCAUUGGACACGGCCAGCAAGGGAGACUUCUCCACCAACACCGCGAAUGAAGCCAAUGCACUGAUAGAGAACCUUGCAGCCAGCAACAGCAACCACGGCACAGACUAUGACCGCACGGUUAGGGUAAAUUCCGUAGAGACUGAUGCUAUUAAGGAUCUCACAGCCAAGGUGAAUCUCCUGCUGAAAAGGGAUCACCAAAGUGUUAACUUGUGCGAGGAACACGCUGGGGGAUAUGCAGACUUCGUAGCUGAGACAUACCAAGAGGGUACGGAGGAAGAUCAGAUCUACCCGCCGCGACCUCAGCAGAGCAACUUCGCACAGGGCUUCCAGAACAAGGGUACAGGCUUUGGAGGAUCGAAUUUCCAACAGAAACCUCAGGUCAACAACUUCGCGGAAGGAUAUCAACCGGUCGCACCGCAGGCAACAGUCUCACAAGAGAGCAAAGUGGAGCAGAUGAUGCAUGCUCUGAUGGAGAACCAGAAGAAAAACGCCACUGAGGUGACUGUCAAGAUCGACAGCAUGUACUCCGAGCUGAAUAGGAGAAUCGAAUCGUUAAAUUCUCACAUGAGAGUGUUGGAGAACCAAGUGGCACAAUCCGCAGCUAGAGUCAAGGCACCUCCAGGGACACUUCCAGGGAAGAACGAGGCUAAUCCAAAAGAAUACAUGAAUGUCGUCACCCUUCGAAGCGGCAAGGAGCUUCCGGAACCACAACAGAAAGCAGGGAAUGACUGA